GAGGAGCUACCCUACGUCACGACGGGGUGCCGCUUUAAAGCGGUCCCACCCUCCGGUCCAGCACACAGGCUGGAGUCCAGGCGGGAGUCGCCUGACAGCCGCCGACACGCCGCCGACACGCCGCUCAACUCUGAAGGAGGGCCUCCGCCGCCGGUUCCCUGUCAGCCACUGGUGGAGACAUUGUGUGUGUGGAGACUUGUUGGUACACAAGGAGCGAGCAGACCAUCUCCACACAUCAACAGUCGUACAGAGCAAAUACUUAAACAUGAAGCUCUUCCAAUACAGCCUCUGUAAUAUCAUAGUGUGAGAAGUCCACCCAGUGACUGGUGGGAGGAGACAAACACUGAGAAUUACAUCAUGUGGCAACAGAAGAAAUGUUUGUGGAGUGUCCGAGAAGAUCAUCCUGUUUUGGUUGAGCCUGUGAGAACGGGGAAACUUCCACAGCCAGUCUCUGCUUCUACAUUUGUUUGAGUUCAAUCAGACUCGGUAAUAGAAGAGUUCCUUCAAAACCACCAUCUUCUUCCCCAUCAGAACAAUCGUAUUUUAUAAUUUAAUAGAACUAAUAAAGAUUAAGACUUUUCCAUUUGUUUUUGUUUUUUAAAGCAUUAAGUUGAUUUUGAAGAUACGUUCAGAUACAUUGAAGAUACAGCCCUGUGUCAGUGGAGAUUUUAGUUUUUUUGCUAGCCCCUCUGCCUCCACAGGGAUAUAUAUAUAUAGCAUGCAGAGCAGUGCGUGACAGAGAUUAAGGACUUCACCCCUGGCUCAAGAACACUACAGCUGAAGAGACUGUGUUGGUGACCGAACUGAACCCUACACCCUUCCAGUUACAGGGUUCCACCUGUUUACGUCGUUGUCUGUCUUCUGCGACACAAAGACCAUGCUGUACUUAAAGAAAUACUUCACAGAGGGCCUCAUCCAGGUGGCCAUCCUUCUGAGUCUCUGUGGAGUGAUGGUCGACGUGGGCCUGGAGCCCUACCUGCCUCUCUCCUGGCAUGAGAUGAUCCUGGGUCCAACCUCAGCACUGACGCAGACGCAGUUCCACAACCUGCGCAACCGCCUGGAGGUUGGCCAAGGCUUGCCCCCCAAGAAUGUGGACCUGGACGGCUUUUUCACGACACGAAGGCUGCUGGGCUGGGUCCGCUCUCUGGACAGACUACAGAUUCCUCAUGCUGAGCUGGAGACAUGGCUGGUCCAGAGGGGGCCAGAUCCUCUCCCCAUGGAAUGUCCAGACCAGCCCUACCUGCUGGAGAGAGCUCUUGCAGGGAUGGAAAGAGAUCAAAAUGGUCUGACUAUGGAGCCCAGACCUGGACUUGGUGCCUUGCAGGAAGAAGUGGAGGUAGAUGAAAAAGAGGAAGGAACACCUCAUGGACUUCACCACAGUGGUGCUCUUGAUGAGGGAGGAGAGGGAGAGGAGGAUGAAGAGGAAGACAUGGCCCCGAUGCAUAGGCAUUACAGGAGGACAGUUGGAGGAGGAAGACCAGAAGGUUCUUACAGAGAGUUGGCUCAGGAUGAAGUAGAACAGACUUCUUCCUCCCUUCAGGAGUGUUUGAGGCUCUUGGAGGCAAACUUUCCCUUCCCAGAGGAACAACAGUCAAGCUAUGUUGACGGUAGAACGGGAGACCUGGAACAAGGCCGGGAGCCUGUGCUGUCCCGUAUCAUCCCCACUGAUACUUCCUCUUUGGACCUAGAGCUUCACUGGCAGGACCUGCUUGCUAUUAUGGAGCCCGAGAACACAGAUGUUGACAUGAUGACAUCAUUCGACCACGCCCAGGAUUCAAGACCCUCUGAGACCGAGAGUGUUGAGUCUGAAGUUCUGAACCAAGUCUGUAACCUUGACAAUGAUAUAACAGAUCAGGAGAUCCAUCAAAGGGAGACUUCACUGCCGCAUGGUUUCUUGUGGCAUCUAAGCCAGCCAGAGCGAGAGCCAGCUCUCCUCCCCCUCACUCCCAGUGCAGAGUUGGAUGAUGACAGUUUAGCCAUCAAUACAAGGGAUAUUUUGAAAAACUCAAAUGUGAAUACCUUGCGCAGGCCUCCAAAUCACCUUGAUCUCUUGGGAGAGGAUACUUCAGAAGAUUUCUGCAUGGAAGAAAGUGCAGAUGAUAACUCGAGGGCCUUCAACAUGAACUUGCCAGCACAUGAUCUGGUGGAUAACGUGGACGACAGUCCAGUUUUACAGAAUGCUCUCAACUCUGAAGACCUCACUAGCUUUGAUAUCAACUUUAAUUUGCAUGACUUGACACCUUCCAGUUCUGCCCCAGCCCGGGAGGGGACUGUUAUGACCCAAGACCUUCUGAUAUCUCCUUCCAGUGUCUUUCUGGUAGACAAGGAGGAUGUCAGGGAUGAAGAUAGUCUCCCUAGCCAACUCAUUGACCUCCUAGACGAUGAUGCCAUCUUGGAUGAGAUGAGAUUGUUGAACCUGGUUCUGGAGGAGGGCUUUAGUCCAGAGAUGGCAGCCAAGCUGGAAGAGGAGGGCUACAUUGAGUGUGAAAGAGCCAAACAGGACUCUGACAUAACUGAUGACCACUCAGUCUCCACCAUGCCAUUCACAGAAGAUCAGAGUGAACCAAGAAUACAUCGGCAAGAUGGUGAUGGUGAAGCAGACUCUGACUCAGGUCUGUCCCUGGACUUCAGCUACAGCCCUGCUUCUCCAUGUGCUUCUGAGGCCUUGUAUUCUUCUUCUUCCUCCUCUUCUUCUUCGUCAACUUCCUCUUCAUCCUGUAUGUCAGACGUGGAAAGUCCCUUCUAUGAAGUCAAGGACGAAGACGUGGAGGAAGGUUUAUUUGGUUCAGAUAUGGAAGUGGAGGUGAGCAUAAAGCAGGAGGAGCUGGAAGAGGAGGAUAUGGGAGCAGUAGGAGGAGGGUACCCUGACGAUGUUAAGAAACUCUUCCCUGUCAACUAUGGCGAUCACAAGCUGUUAAAUGGUUUUCCUAUCGACCAUGAUCACACGUACAACCAGCCCUGGUCCCCCGCAUCCUCUCCAUCACCAAACACCAAACAUACCAAAUCCUCCCCAAAACAUCACAACCCCAGGCGUUAUCACUACUCGUCUUCCAGACACAUCUCGGAGACCAAAAUGUGGAGCAGAGAUGAAAGACGUUCACGAGCCUUGAAGAUCCCUUUCUCCAAUGAGCUGAUUGUUAAUAUGCCAGUAGAAGAGUUUAAUGACUUACUGACAAACUAUCAACUCAGCGAGGAGCAGCUCAACCUUGUCCGGGACAUACGACGCCGCGGUAAGAACAAGAUUGCUGCCCAAAACUGCAGGAAGAGGAAACUGGAUGUGGUACUGGGACUGGAGGACCAUGUUUCCGGUUUGAGGCGCCACCGUUUGCGGCUGCUCCGAGAGAAACAAGACGCCUUGAGGAAUCUGCAGGAAAUGAAACGCAGAAUGGGCAUCUUGUACCAGGAAGUCUUUUCCAGGCUAAGGGAUGAGGAAGGAAGGCCUCUUGAUUCAACGGAGUACUUUCUUAAUUUUGGGCCCAAUGGCAGUGUCAUGGUGGCUUCACACCAACAAGAAGCAUGGGUGCCACUGACGGUAGAAAAAAAAAGCAAGAAACAGAGGAGCAAGAAAAAGUGAGGAGGUGAACAAGCCAGGAAUAUCCUCACAGGAGGUUUGGACAUUGUUAAAUGUAAGGAGACAAAGGAGAUUCCUUUGUGUAAUGAUGAGGUGGAAUACAGGGAUUCUGUAUCAGGCGUCAAAGGAAGAUGCUGAAAGGAUGGAUGGCUUAAAGGAAAUCGAGGGACAAAGAAUGUUUUUUCCUGAUGAUGUUGAUGAACUUUACUCCAGGAUAUGCUGCGCUCCAUUCAUCACUAUAAAAAAAUUUCUACACUGGAAAAAAAAAUCCACCUUUUGAGAGAUUUUGCAACACAGAGAAAAAUCUAGGCCUCUAAGACUCAUUGGAAAUAAAGGGGCAAACAAUAGAUGACCUGGGACCAGCAUUUAAAAUAAAACAUUCUGUGCCUAGGCCAAGUCCAGCUUUCUCUCACGUCAGCGGCUUAUGAGAGUUUAAUACUAGCCAGAAGGCUGAUAGCAGGCGGGACCUUGGCUGUCAGCUCAUUCAGCCAAUGCCAAAGGGUUGCUGGCAUCACUUUACUGACUGGACAGUUGAUUAAAGUGGCAGCACUUGUUUGUAGAGUGUAAUUCUGGUCUCUUUUCAU